AUGAAUGCUCUUCGUUCUACAAAGCAAUCAUAUCAUUGGUUUGAAAACCAACAGACAAAAAAACUUUUAGAAGAAUUUCCUCAUAUGAUUGCUUCCCUCGGAAAACCGAGAGAAGAGAUUCCGUACGAAAAUCGCAAGAAUUUGGCUCCUGGUUUGAAAGGUUAUUAUGUUCAUAGACUUUUAGUAAACGCUGUAGCAAUGUGGGCUUCACCUCGUUAUGCUUGUUAUAUUUUCAUGAUGUUAGAUGAACUAUAUAAAGCAGAACGUGGAGAGAUGGAAAAGAGACUUCAAGCAAAAGAUGAAGUCAUUGAAUCCAAAGACAAAAGCAUACAGAAAAGAAUACCGCGUUCAGUACCAAAAGGAAAGGAAAAGAGUUAUAAGUAUAUGAUAUAUACUGAAGAGUUGGAGAAAGAAGAAGACAGAGAUAUGGUUAUGUUGCAUUUAGUGAGAAGAAACAACAAGAGCUUUUAUGACUUAGCUAAGAUAUAUAAAUCUGACAGAAACUGGUUCUAUCGUGAAAACUUACCGAUUUCAAUGACACCGAAUGAGCAAAUAAAGGAAAUU